GGUUACUCUGUAAGGCGUUACGAAUAGCAAUGCGUUGCGAAAGUGAAUUGCGUUGCGAAGGGCAAUCGGUACUCUGUAACACUUUUGCAUUGUAAACAGUGUUGCACUGUUUUCGAGUUGACAUAUCUCCAGUAUAGUUGACAUUACUGACCGAAACGAAGGAGAAUGAAAACAAAAUAAAUAACAGAAAAGUGAAGAAGUGUAGAAAAUUGACAGUCAAACAUAUUUAAAUUUGAAUUGUUUUAUAAAUAAAAGUAUUUUUAAAUCAAUAAAAAAGCUGUGAAUAUGGAUUCCGUUGUGUUAUGGGAGGAAAACUCAAAAAAUGAACGAGUUGAGCGGAAAAUUAUUAGAGAUAAUUCUAAUGUGAUGAGUCUUAGUGAAAAAAGUUUUGUGCAAAACUUUCGCUUAAGCAAGGAUUCAUUCAAAUAUGUGUUGGAUAGCAUAAGUAGUGAGCUAAAAACUCCACGCAGGUCCACAGGAAUACCCGAAAUUGUGAAAUUAGCGGCAACUUUAAAAUUUUUGGCGCAAGGAGGCUAUCAACAGCAAAUUGGACAAGAUCACCAUACAGGACUAGCUCAACAAACUGUUUCGCGUUGUGUGUUUGAAGUUUGUAAAGCAAUUGAGAAAGUGCUGUGUCCAAAACACAUAACUUUUGCAAUGUCUUCAGAGGAGAAAAAUGAAGCGAAACGAGCUUUUUACUCAGUGUCUGGAAUACCAGGAGUAAUUGGAGUGGUGGAUGGUACUCACAUCCAAAUGAUACGUCCGGCAACAUCGCGUGAUGGUGGCCCUGCAGCAUUAAGGUCACAUACCAACUCUUUCCAUAAAUUAUUUGCAGCAUUUUUCGCGUCCACAGUUUUCAGCUGUCCUUUGGAAAGUUCCGAAUGUGUUUUCAUGUAA